CAUCGUCUUCCAAAUAAAACCCUAAACAGAGUUUCACUGAAGCGGCGGCUCCUUUGUUUGGCCUUUUGCAGUGCAGAAAAUGGCACCGAAGAAGGCCGUUGGAAAAGUUUCGGCAAAAAAGAAGCCGGUGAAGGUAGUGAAUCCACUAUUCGAGAAGCGUCCGAAGCAGUUUGGAAUCGGCGGGGCAUUGCCGCCUAAGAGGGAUCUGACAAGGUUCGUCAAAUGGCCGAAAGCUGUUCAAAUUCAGAGGAAGAAAAGGAUUCUCAAGCAGAGGCUCAAGGUUCCACCUGCUUUGAAUCAGUUCACCAAGACACUUGACAAGAAUCUUGCAACAAACUUGUUCAAGAUGCUUCUGAAGUAUAGGCCAGAGGAUAAAGCACAGAAGAGGGAGCGUCUUUUGAAGAGAGCGCAGGAAGAGGCCGAAGGCAAAUCACAUGAUGCCAAAAAGCCUAUUGUUGUUAAGUAUGGUCUCAACCACGUAACCUACCUCAUCGAGCAGAACAAGGCACAGCUCGUUGUGAUUGCGCACGAUGUGGAUCCGAUUGAGUUGGUCGUUUGGCUCCCAGCUUUGUGCAGGAAGAUGGAAAUCCCAUAUUGCAUUGUGAAGGGAAAAGCAAGAUUGGGAGCGAUUGUCCAUCAAAAGACUGCAUCAGUUUUGUGCUUGACAACCGUAAAGAACGAAGAUAAGUUGGAGUUCAGCAGAAUCCUUGAAGCGAUAAAGGCCAACUUCAACGACAAGUACGACGAGUACAGGAAGAAGUGGGGCGGUGGAAUCAUGGGUUCUAAGUCACAGGCCAAAACCAAAGCAAAGGAGAGGCUCCUUGCCAAGGAAGCUGCUCAAAGGAUGUCUUAGGAAUUCACAGGCCAACACUAGAGCAAAGAACAAAGGAGAGAAGCUUUUAGCAGAGCCAGAGGAUGUCAAAGGAUGGCUUAGGAAUCGGUAACGAGCUCGUCUAACUUUCAAUUAUCUUCGAUUAAAAAAAAGGAUCAACGAGGCUUGUCAUUUUUAUUUUCAGCUUUAAGUUUAUUGGAUUGAGAAAGUUUAGUUUGUUUCUACGAGUUCUACAUGUUCAAAGCAAGACCUUAUGAAGUUAUUCUAUUUGGACGCAACUUUUUUUUGCUUGAACUUUGUGUUA